CCUCACAGUUUCUCUGACUCACUUUCACAGCGCCCCCAUAGCUAUUUCAUACAAGCUCCUCAAACCCUAAACUCCACCACCAGAGACCCCGAAAAUGCCUCCAAAGCUCGAUCCCUCACAGGUGGUGGACGUGUACGUCCGAGUCACCGGAGGUGAGGUCGGAGCGGCGAGUUCACUCGCUCCGAAGAUCGGUCCACUGGGUCUUUCCCCGAAGAAGAUCGGAGAAGACAUAGCGAAGGAAACCGCCAAGGACUGGAAGGGCCUCCGCGUAACGGUCAAGCUAACGGUCCAGAACCGUCAGGCCAAGGUGUCCGUGGUGCCCUCCGCCGCCGCGCUGGUCAUCAAGGCGCUGAAGGAGCCGGAGCGCGACCGGAAGAAGACGAAGAACAUCAAGCACAACGGUAACAUCUCGCUCGACGACGUCAUCGAGAUCGCUAAGGUGAUGAAGCCUAGGUCUAUGGCGAAGGAUCUUAGUGGGACCGUGAAGGAGAUUCUGGGAACUUGUGUCUCUGUUGGGUGUACUGUUGAUGGUAAGGACCCUAAGGAUUUGCAGCAAGAGAUCACUGAUGGUGAUGUUGAGGUUCCUUUAGAUUGAAAAUCAACUAUGUCAGGGGUUUGAAAACCUUGAAUUUACCUUUUUGUUUUGGGUUUUGUUGUUUAAUCAGUUUUGAGGCAUGGAAAGAAAAUUUUAUCGUUUUUUUUUUUGUUAUGAUUUAAUGGUUAUGUCUUUGAAUUUUUAGGGUUAAAUGUUAAAAUGUUUGGAAACAGAGUAGAGCGGAUUUGAAUAUCAUAAUGCAUUUGCUAAUGCAACCACAAAGAAAAUGUGGUUAUAAUUUAGUUUCA